AGUAUAGCGUGAGUUAUGAGCUUCUUGUCUCAUUCCCAUGACCCACCGUUCCUGUGCCAUCAUUGCUAAGUCUAGUCGAGUCUUGUUUUUUGCCUCGCAGUUGUCCGACCUCGUCUUCAUGUAUUAGGACCUUGCCUUUGCCGUGUUUUUUGUGCGUCUGCCUUUUUCGGAUUGCUUAUCUGUGUAUGACCUCUUGCUGGAAUAAAACCACCCUCAAAAUCAUGUCACUGCCCCAUGUCCCACGUUCAGGAUAGAUACAUUGCCAAAAAUGGAAUUCGAGACAGUAUUCCCGGGACCUACACAAUGCCUGAGCCAUCUGCUGCCCCCCCAUCUCAUCCAACCUUGGUUUAACACACUACACACAUGUAUCUGCCAAAAAAUGGGAGUGUUUGAUGAUAAUUUAAAGCUUCAUCUCACUCUAGCAUUUUUCAGCAGACAGAAAAAGAUUUGUUGGAGGUGAUAGUUUGGCUUAAUUGCUCCCCAGCUGCUGCGCAAAGCAGACAAAUGGGAUUCUGUCAGCGGACUGGAACCAGGCAGUUUAGGAGCUAUCCAUAGCAAUGCGUGGCCUGUAAACCACCAGACAUGGCUCAAAGUAAGAGGCCAGGGACCCACAGUGUAGCUCCUCCAGUCCCCACUUCCUGUCCUACAACUCAUCAUACAGAGUCUUGUGAUUUGAAAGCCAUCCAACCUAGGCAGCGACCAGCCCGCUUCCCCAAGGAAUCGCAUGCGCCAAAGCCUCUUCCCCGUACCUGUAAGGCACGUUAUUCCUCUCCCAAGUGUGAGAAUGUGGUGUCCAGCUGUCCGGAAGUGGAUGUGAAAGCAAAUGUUGAACUGAAGCAAUAUAACAAUCAACCUGAUGUGGAAUUAGAGGACCAGAGACCAGCAACCCCCUCGACGCCUGAACAGGAGCAUGAGCAUGAGCAAGAUCACCACAACCAGGCAGACUUUCAUGACAGCCUGGAUGAUGACUCCUGUUCUGACUACAUUAACAACACUUCAGAGGAUGAGGAAGACUAUGAUGAUGGACUGGCAGAGGAGGAUGAAGGUGUUACUUACUACAUCCGGUACUGCCCGGAGGAUGAGAGCUACAUGGAAGGUAUGGACUGCAGCAGCCAUGGAGACUGCAAAUACGGUCAUGAGCAGGCCUGUAUUAUGCAGUCGGGUCAAGGCCACACCGAAUGCCAGGAAGCAGUCGAAGGGUGGACUGAAGAGGGAGACACUGAGGUGAGAGAGGAGGAAUGGGUAGAAGAUGAAGAGGAAGAAAGCGGAACCAAGGAAGAUUGGAGAGAAGAGGAGGAAGGCAUGAGAGAGGCAUGGAAGGAAGGAGAUGGGGGCGGCAAGGUGUGGAGAGAGGAAACUCCGGACAGGCAAGAGCAGUGGGCCAGUGGUGGGAGGCAUCGAGAGGAGGAAUGGGCUGCGGGGGAGGGGGAGGUACGCUGUGAGGUGGUAGAGCAAGAUCCGGACGAACAGAUAUACAAUGGACGACCGGAACCAAUCUUGGACCAUAACCAUCACAAUUACCACCAACAACAACCUGCUGUGCAAGACGACCUACACACUUGCCAGCCUGAUGAGGAGGAUGAGGACGAUGCAGAAAGUGAGGAGUACUGCCCAAAUGAGGAAGAAGAUGAGGAAGGAGACGAACAUGAGAGACAUGAAACUUCCUAUACUGGAGGCUACUAUGGCCCAGAGGACAAUGGCAACUCUGUGCAUGUCUCUCCCUUCCCAGGCCGCAAGGUGCUAGUGGUUGAGGGGGAGACAGGUGAGGAAGCGGAAGAGGACAUUGACCAAAUAGUUGCUGAGAUCAAGAUGAGUAUGAGCAUGGGGAGCCUAAGUAGUGGUACAGAUCAAAGCCCAGAAGAAAUGGCACAAGACCCACCAACAGGUGACUACCUUCAUGCCAAGGCCAACUCAGCCACCUACCCAUCAGCUCACCACUGCCAUGACAGCAGACCCAAGUCCCUUAACCUGCCUUCUGUGCAUCAUAACAACCCAGACCUCCAGAGGGGGCUCAAGAUCCAGCCACAUUCCCCAGAAGAUCGACAGCGAUGGCAACAAGAGCUGGUGAACAGCGGUGCCGAGCAGCCCAGAAAACAACAGCGCUCGGACCUGAACCUUCCCAUGGAGAACAAUAAUGUACCUGAAACUACCAAAAAAGUUGCGGCGUUCCCUAGCUUUGUUGAUGUCCCAGGACCCUGCGAGCCAGAAGACCUGAUUGAUGGAAUCAUCUUUGCCGCUAACUACCUGGGCUCCACUCAGCUGCUCUCCGAGAGGAACCCUUCGAAGAACAUACGCAUGAUGCAAGCCCAGGAGGCAGUCAGCAGGGUUAAGAGGGUACAGAAGGCUGCCAAAAUCAAGAAAAAAGCGAGUCCAGAUGGAGACGUUGUAACGCUCACUGAAGUUGAUCUAUUCAUCUCCACUCAGAGGAUCAAGGUCCUCAAUGCAGACUCACAGGAAACGAUGAUGGACAAUGCAUUGCGCACCAUAUCCUACAUUGCUGAUAUUGGAAACAUUGUGGUACUAAUGGCAAGACGUCGAAUGUCACGUACUGCUUCCCAAGACUGUAUUGAAACCACUCCUGGGGGACCAGAGGCGAAGAAGCAGUACAAGAUGAUAUGCCAUGUCUUUGAGUCUGAGGAUGCCCAACUCAUCGCUCAGUCCAUCGGCCAGGCUUUCAGCGUAGCUUAUCAGGAGUUCCUGAGAGCCAACGGAAUAAAUCCAGAGGACCUGAGUCAAAAGGAGUACAGUGACAUCAUCAACACACAAGAGAUGUACAACGAUGACCUCAUCCACUUUUCCAACUCUGAAAACUGUAAAGAGUUGCAGCUGGAGAAGAGCAAAGGCGAAAUCCUCGGUGUGGUGAUUGUGGAGUCCGGCUGGGGCUCCAUCCUGCCCACUGUCAUCUUAGCCAACAUGAUGAAUGGGGGUCCUGCGGCACGCUCGGGCAAGCUUAGCAUCGGAGACCAGAUCAUGUCCAUCAACAACACUAGUCUCGUAGGGCUGCCACUCGCCACCUGUCAAGGAAUCAUCAAGGGCUUAAAGAAUCAGGUCCAGGUAAAAAUGAACAUAGUCAGCUGUCCUCCUGUUACUACUGUCCUCAUCAAGAGACCCGACCUCAAGUACCAGCUGGGAUUCAGUGUGCAGAAUGGCAUUAUUUGCAGUCUAAUGCGGGGCGGCAUCGCAGAGCGAGGGGGUGUCAGAGUGGGCCAUCGUAUCAUCGAGAUCAAUGGACAGAGUGUCGUGGCCACAGCACAUGAAAAGAUUGUCCAGGCCCUCUCAAACUCUGUUGGCGAGAUUCACAUGAAGACUAUGCCUGCAGCCAUGUUCCGACUCCUCACGGGUCAGGAGACGCCAAUGUACAUAUAAAGUGAACAGACUGUCAGCUGCUUGUCUCUAAAAAUUCGUAUUGCACAAACCCACAUGUCGAUUUAUUUCCUCGUCCGUUAUCUGGUUCCCAUUUGCAGAGCUGAACAAAUUGUGUGAAUGAUAUUUGGGUUGUUGUUAUUUAUUUAUUGGCAUUGUCUGUGCUCUUGUGUCCCUACUAUGAUAUGGAAGGAAUGACUGAGUGAAGGCCUGACAUUUAGUUUUAUAGUCAAGCAUAUAAUGCAAUAUAUUCAACUAUACAUUACAGUGUGUAUAGAUUCAUUAUUUUUACCUGUUUAUUUAUUGCCAAGAUGAAUACUUGUAUGUAAGAAUUGGUGAUACGAGGAGUUUUGGUGUAAAUAGUUACUGAAAUGUGCUAUUACGUGACAUGCAGACAAGUACAGUAUGGCAAGAUUAUCAGUUGCAGGAUAUGAUAAUAACUGCCAGUUAAAGCAGAAAUGUUUGUGUUCAUAAUCAUGCAUUUGAAAAUGCUAAAUUAAUAUAAUGUAAAUGUGAAUUAAAUUGCUGUUUUAGGGGCUUAAGCGAAGGAUGCCAUAUAAUGUACCUUGGUGUAACUUUUUUUAAUGGCAAUACAGACUCAAAGCUGACGAAUUUUCUAUAUCUCAUGUUCACAAGUACACACAUACAUUGAGAAAGCAACCACAAAACUAGCAAGCUGCAUCAAUUAUGCUUCUAAUAUCAGUUAUUUGUCUUGAUUUUUUUUCCGUCUGCUUCCUGUUGUAUAUGUUGAUCUUUGGUGUUCCUGACUGAAACUCAUGCAAAACAAUGAGUUGACUGUGAAUGUAAUGUGUUGUGUGAGCUCUCCCAAUGCCAUACCAAGUAUUAGAAUGUUUGUACAUAAAAGGAAAUGUGUUUAGUAUUGGGCUGCUCGUCGAAAAAGAAAACGUCACCGUUCAGUCACUGCAUCAUCAUCAUCAUCAUCAUCAUCAUCAUCAGCCCACAUUAAUGUUGGCUUUGGGAGGGAAAGAUCACACCAUGACAGUAAAAGCCUUACAACAGAGUAAAGCUUUUAACAAUCCACUGUAUUCCAUUUUACCACAGAAACAUUAUUGGUGUGCAUGCCUCGUAAUGUAGUACCAUGUCAUUGUGGCAAGAUAAUAAAAGCAGAACUAAACCUGGCUGGUUGUUAUGGACUGGGUCACAUACGAAUGUGUGGUGUAUGUGGUUGAUUAUGCAGUGGUGCCUUCAGAUAUAAAAGACAAAAAAAAAAUGAGAAAAACUCAGCUGACAUGUUUUUCGAGGGCUGUCAUUUGCCUGAUUUUUAUUUGAUUUUUUCCUACAAACGUGAGAUACGAGAACUGUAUGGUGGCCGUAAAGUCAAUUGGACUCGAUCCCUUCAACAUGAGCAAGGGUUUGGCAAAUAAUGAACGACAAAAAAGAGGCAUUAAACUGUUUAAAGCCACUCCUACUUGAAAUGUACAAAUUCAACAUAAAUAAUGAUAAUUACACAUUGUACACACCAAAUAACAUUAUCUUAAUGUAGCCCUUGAAUGCUGUGAACAUUGGGACUUAUUCCAAAGUUCUGGAGUUAAAAGCAUUGUCUGCAUAUUAGGCCUAUUUUCUGAAGUUUAUUUAGCAGCUCAACCCGCUUGCAUCUUGGUUUAAACCCGUUAUGAACUGUGACAUAAACAACAGUGAGAUCUGAUUUCCCCAUACUAGUGAAUGUACUUUAUACUGAGUUGGCUCUCAAACAGACCUGGGACAUAACAGUCCCAUGCAUUCAUUUUUUUUUUUUUUUUUUUUACAAUAUCCAUCCAUCCAUUAUCUACCGCUUUUCCGGGUCGAGUCAUGGGGGAAGUAGCUUCAGCAGGGAUACCCAGACUUCCCUUUCCCAGCCACUUCUUGUAGCUCUUCCGGAGGCAUCCGAGGCGUUCCCAAGCCAGUCGAGAGAUAUAGUCUCUCCAGCGUGUUUUGGGUCGUCCUUGGGGUCUCUUUCUGGUGGGACAUGCCCGGAACAUCCCACCAGGCAGAAGUCCAGGAAGCAUCCGAAUCAGAUGCCCUAGCCACCUCAUCUGGCUCCUCUCAAUGCGGAGGGGUAGUGGGUCGCACUGAGCCCCUCCCGGAUAACGAGCUUCUCACGCUAUCUCCAAGGAAGAGCCCGAACACCCUAGGGAGGAAACUCAUUUUGGCCACUUGUAUCCGGGAUCUUGUUCUUUCGGUCACGACCCACAGCUCAUGCCCAUAGGUGAGGGUAGGAACAUAGAUUGACUGGUAAAGUGAGAGCUUCGCCUUACCUCCCUCUUUACCACAACGGACCGAUACAAAGGCUGCAUCACUGCAGACGCUGCAUCUAUCCGUCUGUCGAUCUUCCGCUCCAUUCUUCCCUCACUCAUGAAAAAGACUCCAAGAUACUUGAACUUCUCCACUUCGGGAAGGAUCUCAUCCCCGACCUGGAGAGGGCAUGCCACCCUUUUCCGACUGAGGACCUUACCAGGAAGGCUGAGGAGUGUGAUCCCUCUAUAGUUGAAACACACCCUCUGGUCACCCUUCUUGAAAAAGGGGCCACCACCCCAGUCUGCCAAUCCCCCAUGUCCACGUGAUGUUGCAUUUUUUACAAUAAUGAGUGAAAAUAGUGAUAAUAGAUAACUUUGCAUAGACUUGUUUUGUUCAAAUGGAUCGCUGGAAUGGUCUGUAUGGAGCCCACCCAUCUGGGGUAAGUGAUUCAUUUCCACCUAUAUUCACGAGUUAAGUGACCUGGGGUUUUUUUCGGUCAAUUGCAUUGGUCAUCUUUGAAAAACAUUUUUGGAUGAUGAACAAACACAAGAGAGGAUAUUUAAGAAGUUUUUGAUGGGCACCGCUGGAUGUCAACAUGGUGAACACCUGCAAUCAGGGGACUAUGUAAUAUUUUAUCAGGCUCAGACAGUUAAAAAGGGGUUUUGGACCAUGACAUUAUAAAUGUCCAUGACAUUUUGUGACUUAUCAAAGGCUUUUUGGACAUUCAUAGAGCCCAGCUGACUGUGACUUUAAUGUGCAUGGUUUGGGGACUUUUGCACAUGGCAUGUCAUAAUAUGCAUCUUGAUUGACCUUUGCCACCGAUACCUUUUAGCUACGUCAUAUCUCAAUGGAUUUCUUUCUCCUCUUCUCAUCCUCUCAGAGUCCCACUUGUAUGAUUUCCUGUACUUUGGUGGUCCACCACCAAGUCUCCCUCUGCCCUUUCCUACCAGAAGAUACAUCAAGUACUCUCCUGCCUCUCUCUCUAAUCACCUUGCCUGUUGUUGUCCAGUCUUCUGGAAACUCCGCCUGUCCCUUGAAGUCUCACCUUUACCCGAAAGGCCGCACAACACUCCUACUUUCUCAACUUCUACCACAUGGUUCUCUGUUCUCUGUUCUCUUCUUAAUCUUCCUCCCCAUCAAAAGAGCCAUCCUACCCACCACCAGUUCUAGGAUGACUUGUUGAGUUGUUGUUGUAGUUGUUUGCGCAUUUGCCUCACAAUCGAGUAGUUCUGGUUUUAAAUCUCAGCUUGGGCCUUCUGAUGUGGAGUUUGCAUGUUGUCUCCAUGUUUGUGUUGGUUUUCUUCAGAAACACCUUCAUCGCACAUUCAAAAACAGAGUUAAUUCACUGAAGACUUUAAAUUGCCAAUGGGUUUUAAUCUGAGUGGGACUCCUUCUUUGUCUAUUUGUGCUCUAUGAUUAGCUGGCAACCAGACCAGCUAAUGCUCCAGCUUGCCUGCAACCCUAACAGAUAAAUAUUUCUAGGCUAUGCAGUGAAAUACAAGUCGGGAUGUCUGUUUCACAGUCGAGAGGACAGGAUGUCAAUCACAAGGCCCAAGGGCCAGAUUCGGCCUGCCACUUCAUUUUAUAUGGCCCCUGAAAACAUAACAUUUGCAUGGACUUCAUUCUUGUUAAAAUACUAAAAUUGCAAGUUGUUUACACUUUUAAUUAGGAAUCCCCUAUUUAAAAUAAAGUGAAUAAUAGUUGACCAAACCAUUCUUACGUUGGCUUCUGAUUUCAAAACUGGUUAUCCAAGAAUUUGUUGUGUAUUUCCAAUCAUAUCAGACAGUCAUACUAUUUUAUGAUUUCACAGGGUUUAAAAGUCAAGUGUCAUGAAAUGGAUGAAUUUUAAUAUGUUAUUAAUGAGAAAACAUCAGCCAAUAUGGGCCCAGCAGUUUUUCACCACAAAAAAUGAUUUUGACGUAUACAGCUUUUUGUAACACCCGCCAUGAAAAUCGUUGAGGGAUUUGUUUUCGAGAAGAAGCACGAAGUGGCGUAAAGGACAGCGGCGCCUCCAAGUGGACUCGUUUGUUUCCAUUAGUUUUACCUCCGGGAAGGUAGCUCGUUGUUCCUUCAUGUUAACCAAAAUGCUGGCUCAUUGCAUUGCAUUGUUUGAACACUCCGGAGAAUGGAAUUACACUUCAUAAGUUUGAAAGAGACCCGAUUCGUUGUGAAAAAGGGAUUGGACGGGUGCAGAGGACGAGAGCUUCGCAGGUUCCAAAUCACAGGUAGGUGUGAAUUCAGCUACUAAAAAAAAUAAUAGUUUGGGGCGGACCACGUAAUCAGUCUCUCAUAAUGUAACAAAAGAUACGCAUAUGAAAUAUGUUGAUGUGCGCGUCGGACGGCCUCGGGCUGCUGCGCAGACGGCGGCGAAUCUGAAAAACCCAGCCAACAAUGUCUCACACAGUCUCGUGCGCACAGUAAUGCGCCCCGGCUCGAUAGUGUUCAUCGUGUACUGUGGUGGCUGUGAACAACCCUCUAAAAGCAGCACGCCUCGGCUCCAUUAUAUGCCACAACGGUGCCGAAAAUCAGCCACACCAGCUGAGGCGCCACGUUCAGCGGUCACAGCUUCUGCAAAGGCUGCGCGUCGGGCUUUGCGAACGGGUCGGCUCUGAAGAACCCAGCCGAGAAUGCGUCACUCAGCUGCGUGCGCGCAGUAAAGCGCCCCGCCUGACUGUGUUGUUCAGCAUACUGCGGCGUCUAUGAACAGCCCCCUAAAGCAUUACGGCUCGGCUCCGUCAUAAGUCACACCAGCCGGCUGCGAUGUGCCGCGAUGGCUCAUCUCCGCCACAGAAGUGGAUCGGACAGGGAUGAGGUUUGGCCGUGAUUGCAUAUCAUCUGAAUAUGGCUCGAAACAAUAGUGUAAUAUUGCCCCGAGGGCUUGAAACAAUAGUGUAAUAUUGCCCCGGUAACUUCACUCGGUUGUGUGUUGUCCUUUUCGAAAAGAGCUUCCGCGUCAGAAGCGACAUGUUCGUCUCCCAUAGUUAGGGAGCACCCUGUGUUUUCAUUGGCGAAUGUCCGGGUGAUGUCACUUACAGAGGAUCCAGCCAAUAUGGCGACCACUUGGAUAUCAUAGAAUGACACUUCUGCAACUUUGCGCAUGGAUGACGCGCUCUCCGCUCACAUUUAUUUUUUCGCAUUGACAUUGAAGUGAAUAAUGUUAUAUGUAUUUUUCAUUACAAUAUCUAUUUUAGAAUGUUUAUAGGGAUGACACUUGGGCUUUAAUGACCCUCCAAAGGAAACCAAACCUACAAUGUGACCCACGAUAAAAACGAGUUUGACACCCUUGGAUAAGUUUCAAUCUCAGCUAAGACCCUCCUGCAUGAGCUUUGCAUGGUCUCUCUGGGCUUUACAUGGGUUAAUUUUAAGACUCAUUUAUCCAUAAGUGUGAGUGUGAAUGGUUGUUAUUAUGUGUCUUGUGUUUGCUUGGAAACGAAUCGGCAGUAUCAACUAUUGGAUUUGUCAACUAUCCAUCCAUCCAUCCAUUAUCUAUCACUUUUCCGGGUCGGGUCGCGGGGGAAGUGGCUUCAGCAGG